AUGGUCGCAUCGCCUAGGAAGCGCCCCAACUCGACGUCGUCGUCCAACGGCCGCGGCAGCAAAAAGGCGCCCGUCGAGAUCCUCUCAGAGGACUCGGACGUCGCCUCGGUCAAGGACGACGUCGAUGCCGACGACGACGAAGACGACGAUGACGAGGAGGCCGAGGAGUACGAGAUCGAGGCCAUCAGGGAACAUAGGGAGGAUACGUCGAACCCCGGCUAUCUCGAGUACCUGAUCAAGUGGAAGGGCUACCCGGAGAGGGACAAUACGUGGGAGCCCGAGGAGAACGCCAAGAACUCGCAGGCCAUCAUCGACGCGUACUGGAAAAAGAAGCCGGCCAAGUCGCAGCCGCACAAGUUUGAAAAGGAGUCCAAGAAGAAGUCCAAGCGCCGCUCGACGUCGCGUGCCAGCGCCAGCGUCAAAGCCGACGACGACGACGACGACGACCAAGACGCAGAAGAGCGAGGCGCGGAAGAGGACGAGGGGUCUGCCGAGUUCCUCGACGCGCCCGAGGACGUCGACGACGACGAGGCGGCGGCGGCGCCGCCGCCGAGCAAGAGGCGCAGGGGAGCGUCGGCGGGCAGGCGAGAGGCGGCCACGUCGGACGACGUCGACGACGAGUACGCGUCGGAAGAGGAGCGCCAGAGGCAGAUUAGCAUGCUGACGGAGGCGGCGCUCAACAAGUACAAGCGGAUCGAGGACUGGGAGUCGCUCGUCGAGGGCGUCGAGACCAUGGAGCGCGGCGACGACGGCGUGCUCAUGGCGCGCCUCAUCUUCAAAAAGGAAAAAAAGUACAGCCGCAAGAUGCUCGAGCUCGGCGAGGCCGAGCUGGCCGCCCUCGGACCGCAGCUGUGGGUGCGCGAGACGGUCGCCAGCAAAAAGUGCCCGCAAAAGGUGCUCCAGUUCUACCGCGACCACCUCCGCUUCUCGCAGCCCAGCAAGACCGAGGAGGAGGAGGAGGAGGAGGAGGAAGAGUGA